AUGAGCGACAUUGACGACUCUGGCGAGAAUCUAUGGGGACGAACGGAGAAAAGCGAGUUCACGUACGUGGUGACAAUUCCCAGCUUCAAUCAACACGUCUCUAUAAUGGCAGUACAGGAUCGAAAAGUUUGCUCUGGUACGCCGGCGUUCCCGUCACAUGGUCACUGUGUUUGGGACGCCGCGCUGCUGCUAGCAGACUUUUUGCAGACCAAAGCGAACGAUGUCUGUCAUUCAGCAGCGAGGAUUGAAUGUGAUGACCGAUUCAAAUUUCAGGAAAAGAAAGUGGUGGAACUCGGUGCUGGGGUGGGACUGGUGGGCAUGACACUGGCGGUGCUGGGAGCUCGAGUAGUGCUCACGGAUCAGGAGUACGCGCUGCCUCUGUUGACCAAGAACGUGGCCGUGAAUUUUCUCGAUACAACCAGUAACAGAUCGCUGGCAAUUGCUAUACCGACGGUGGAGAAGUGUCAGUGGGGAGAAUCAUUCCGAUCUGGUGGCUCGUUAAUGUCGUGGACGAAGAGCACUGACGUAGUGCUUUUUUCGGACGUGCUCUACCAUGCUUCAGCAUACGUGCGGCUGAUUAAAACGCUGCAUGAAUUGGUGUCCCCAUCCACUGAUGUGUUCUUCAGCUUUGAGACACGAAAUGCAACGAUUGAAGCUAAUUUCUUGCUGGAAAUUGGGAAAAAUUUCGAUGUUGAAGAGGUCUCUCGUAAAGACAACGCACCAGUCUUUGCCAGGUUCAAGCACUCUGACGAAUUAUUCGUCUAUCAUGCGCGCCUCAGAGCUGAUGCAAUGAUAAGCAAGUUGGCGUGA